AUAUUGUCAAUAACAGUCAAUUGACUUGUAAAAACUCAUGGAAGAUUUAGAAGAAGAUUCACUAUUGUUAGAUAAUAUUGAUGAGUUUGUUAAUGACCAAAAUAGAAUAGUAACAUACAAAUGGAUUAGUAUGACUUUGCAAUUGGAUGUUAAUAGAUCUAAAAGAUUGCUUGAAAGGUUCGCUGAAGGAAAUGUGGAUCUCAAUGUUUUAUAUUUUGUUGGUGGGUGGAAAAACACAGAUUUUGAUGCCAAAGUGUUAAGUUAUACUAUUGUUAAAAAAGAAAAUCUACUAAAAGUUAAGGAAAAUUUUUCACAGUUAACAUGUUGUGAUGUUUAUAGUAUACAGAAAUGCAAAAUACAGGACUCCAGCUUGCUAUAUUCUGUUGAUUCUGAAAUAGUCAAGAGCAAUUUAUUCUCAUUGAAUAAAUAUAAUACAAUUCAAUGCCACCUUAAAAAUGAGAAGAGAUCUGUUGUAAACAGUUUAGUAGAUCACAGUUUAACUGAAUUACAUCCGAUUUCAAGUAAAGUUGAAACAACUGAUAAGUUGGAAUGUAAAAUUGAAUCAACUGAGAAUCUGAAUGUAUCUAAAAAAACUCUUGUGGAAAAGAAAUUACCAAAAAAAGAAGUGACUAAAGAUACACCUGCUUUAUUUUUUUUUGGCAAUAAACAGAGUACAGCAAAGAAAUCAGAAACGAACAUUGGAGAAAUUGCUUUUAAGAAAAAAAGUGACAUCAAGUCUAGUAUACCAGAUGAAAUGACAUCAAAAAAAAAAGGUGACAUCAAGUCUAGUAUAUCAGAUGCUUUCAAUAAAUCUGUAAAAAAUUCAAAACCAGAAAAAAUAGCUACAAAAUCAAAUGAAGAAAUAUGUGUUGAGCAAAAUUUUUCAAAAAACGAAGAAACAAGUUUAAAAGGCGAAAAAUUUAUUAGGAACACAGAUUCAAAAAACGAAACUAAUGAUUCUUUUAAUAAAAAUUUAAAAAUUACAAAAAAUAAAAUUAAUGAUUCCUCAGAGACUAUAAAAACCAAAACUGAUGAACCAUCAAAUAAAUAUACAGAAAAAAUGCAAAACAAAACUAAUGAUGAGUCAAGUAAAAACACAGAAACAAUAAAAAAAAACCAAGAUAAACCAAUCAAUAAAAGUAUUGGGAAUAUACAAAGCAAAGCUAAUGAAUUAUCUAGUAAAAACUCAGAAACUAUUAAAAUAAAACAAGAAAUAAUAAAAGAUGAAUACAAUGAAUCAUCAAGUAAUGAAAAAUGUUCAAUAAAUUUAAAACCUGUUGAAAAGGCAAAAAAAGAAUUUAAAAGUAUUACAAUGAAUAAGGUGAAGGAUGAAGAAAAUGAUCAAACUAAAAAGACAACUCCGAGAAAAAGAAAGUUAUCACAGGAAGAAAGUGACUCUGAUGAUGACUUUGAAAAUUUUCUUUCAAGUAACAAAAGCUCAUCAAAGUCUAAAAGUGAAACCAAAAGUAAAAAGACGAAGAAAAAUAAAAUCAUCAAGGAUGAGGAUGAAGAUGUUGAAGUAGAAAUUGUAACGACCACACCUGAAAUAUCUGAGUUAAAAGUGAAGAGAAGAAAGAAAGUCAAAAAAGAAAAUGACGUAAACCAACAACAUCUGAGUUUUAACACGACUCAAGAGCAAAAUCCUAAAGAUAAACCUGUUUGUAAUAGUUCUUCAACUGGUAAAAGACGAGGACGUAGAAACGUUCUCAAAUCAAAGCAAUAUUUUGGAGAUGAUGGUUACAUGAUUACGCAAGACUAUUACGAAUUGGAAUCGUUUAGUGAGGAAAGCGAUUCUGAAACUCAACAGAAAAAAAUUGCGGACGCUAAUGAAAAGACAGCAGCUGAUGAUAAAAAAACAGAAAAACCCUCGAUUAUCACUAAACAAAAAACUAAGCACCAAGCUUCUUUGAUGAGCUUUUUUAAAAACAAGUAACUGUUUUAAAUUAGCUAUUAGAUAAAUGUUUCUAAAAUAGCAUUUGACGAGGAGCUUUAUGUUGAAUUUUAAAGAAUUUAAAAUUUAAAGAAGAACGUUGGAAUGUUGUUGCCGUUAAAAGAAAGUUAUUUUUGAAUAGAUUUAAAAAAUUU